UCCCAGCGUCUCCUCCUCUCUCUCCUCUCCUCUGCUCUGCUCUCUCCUUUUCCUCCUCAAUCGCAAGUCUUUGCUCAACGACUCGACACCGCCAACAGGGAUGCAGCGAGGGCGCAGCGCAGCCUGAAAAUGGCACCACCACGCGUCCUGUGGAUCUAUCCAUCCCUUUCCCUGCUGCCCUCCCUUCUCCUCGUAUUCCACGCGUCUCCGCCGUGCACGGCCUUAAGGAAUUACCCGGAGAAUGAAGUUACUUUGUUAGACUCCAUGUCAGCACUGGCUGACCUUGGCUGGGAGGCUUACCCAAAUGAAGGGUGGGAGGAGAUCAGUGUGAUGGAUGAGAGGAACACCCCGAUGAGAACCUACCAGGUGUGCAGCGUGAUGGAGGCCAAUCAAAACAACUGGCUGCGGACACGGCACAUCAGCCGGGAGGGAGCGCAGCGAGUCUACAUCGAGAUCAAGUUCACCUUGAGAGACUGUAACAGCCUGCCUGGGGUCUCUGGUACCUGCAAAGAGACUUUCAACAUGUACUACUAUGAGUCCAACAAUGUCAACCUUUGGUUCAUCAAGGAAAGCCAGUAUGUCAAGAUUGACACUAUUGCUGCAGAUGAGAGCUUUACACAGGUUGAUGUUGGUGACCGUGUCCUGAAGCUGAACACAGAAGUGCGAGACAUCAGCAACCUGAGUAAAAAGGGUUUCUACCUGGCCUUCCAAGACCUGGGUGCUUGUAUCGCUCUGGUCUCAGUCAGGGUCUUCUACAAGAAGUGUCCUCUGACUGUGCUCAACUUGGCCCAGUUCCCCGACACAAUAACAGGAGGAGACACAGCGCUGGUGGAGGUCCAUGGGGUUUGUGUCAACGCCUCCGAGGAGUUUGAGCCACCCAAGAUGUAUUGCAGUGCAGACGGAGGCUGGCUGGUCCCCAUCGGGAGAUGUGUGUGCAAACCAGGCUUUGAGGAGAACAAGGACAUCUGCCAACCGUGCAGACCUGGAACAUACAAAGCUUCAGCCACAGAUGCCUACUGCACCAAAUGUCCUCCUCACAGCUCGUCCCCACAGGAACAAGCCAUCGAGUGCAUUUGUGAGAAAGGCUUCCACCGUGCGGAGACUGACCCACGCUCAAUGGCUUGCACUCGUCCUCCUUCUGCUCCAGAGAACCCCAUCUCCACUGUGAAUGAGACAUGUGUCUCCUUGGAGUGGUCGCCACCCCGUGACACAGGAGGCAGAGGAGACAUUUUCUAUAGCCUUCUUUGCAGAAAGUGCUCUGGCGACGGCAAAAAGUGUGUACCAUGCGGCAGCAGCGUUCAUUUUGUCCCGAGACAGUUUGGGCUCUCGUCAGCCAGCGUGCUGAUCACCGACCUGCAGCCUGACUCCAACUACAGCUUUACAAUCGAGAGCCAGAAUGGAGUGUCAGACCUGAGUCCAACCCCCAGGGGCACGGUGGAAAUAAAUGUUACAACAUCGCAGACAGUAAGUGUAGUGUUAAAGGAAAGACGAAGCAAGGACAGCGUAACUUUGGCCUGGCAGGGUCCUGAGAGACCCAAUGGAGCAAUCGUGGAGUAUGAGGUCAUCUACUAUGAGAAGAACCAGCGUGAACAGAACUACACGGUUUUGAAGACUCGAUCUAACAUGAUGACAGUGGAUGGGCUGAAGCCUGGGACCACCUACGUGUUCAGAGUCAGGGCUCGAACUGAUGGGGGCUAUGGGACCUAUGGUGGAGAGAUUGAACUGGAAACCAGCCAUGAGGACGUCCUGGCCAUUGGGGACCCAAACCAAUCCACCAUUCUGGUUGUGUCCAUUGCAGGAGGGAUUGUUCUUCUCAUUUUUUUGGUGACCUGUUUCAUUGUUAGUGGAAGGCAUUGUGGAUACAUAAAGGCCAAGCAGGACCCUGAUGAAGAGAAGAUGCAAUUCCAGCAUGGUCGAGUGAAGCUUCCAGGCAGCAGAACAUACAUCCAUCCUCACACCUACGAAGAUCCAAACCAGGCUGUCCGAGAUUUUGCCAAAGAGAUAGAUGCUUCCAACAUUUGCAUAGAGAGAGUCAUUGGAGCUGGAGAGUUUGGGGAGGUGUGCAGUGGUCGCCUGCGCGUUCAGGGAAAGAGGGAGAUCUACGUGGCCAUCAAAAGCCUGAAGGCAGGAUACUCUGACAAACAAAGGAGGGACUUCCUCUCUGAGGCAUCCAUCAUGGGACAGUUUGAUCAUCCGAACAUCAUCAGGCUGGAGGGUGUUGUCACAAAAUGUAAGCCCGUGAUGAUCAUCACAGAGUUCAUGGAAAAUGGUUCUUUGGACACUUUCCUGAAGAAACACGACGGCCAGUUCACAGUGAUUCAGUUGGUCGGUAUGCUGCGUGGCAUCGCCUCGGGUAUGAAAUACCUGUCAGACAUGAGCUACGUUCAUAGAGACUUAGCGGCACGAAACAUCCUGGUCAACAGCAACUUGGUGUGUAAGGUGUCCGACUUCGGCCUGAGCCGGGUUCUGGAGGACGACCCCGAGGCCGCCUACACUACAAGGGGAGGAAAGAUCCCUAUCAGAUGGACAGCUCCAGAGGCCAUCGCCUACAGGAAGUUCACCUCAGCCAGUGAUGUGUGGAGUUAUGGCAUUGUCAUGUGGGAGGUGAUUUCAUACGGGGAGAGACCAUACUGGGAGAUGUCCAACCAGGACGUGAUCAAAGCAAUAGACGAGGGUUACCGUCUUCCUGCUCCUAUGGACUGCCCGGUGGUGUUGCACCAGCUCAUGUUGGAUUGCUGGGAGAAGGGGCGCAGUGACCGGCCAAAGUUUGGACAGAUUGUCACAAUCCUUGACAAGCUCAUCAGAAACCCAGCCAGUCUCAGAGAGCUGGCCAACAGCUCAGUGUGCAGGGAGGAUCCACCCACCCCAGAGUUCAGUGUGAGCACUGUGGAUGACUGGUUGGACACCAUCAAGAUGGGCCAAUACAAGGAGAACUUUUCCAGUGCUGGAUAUGUCAGCUUGGACUCCAUCCUCUACAUCAGUGUGAGUGAACUAGCUAAGAUGGGAGUGACGCUGGCCGGUCACCAGAAGAAGAUUUUAUCCAGUGUGCAGAGCCUGCAAGCCCAGGGGACACACGUCCAAGUAUAAUAAUUCCCACGUAAACACACAGAGACAGAGCUGAACUGGGCGCUCCUGUGAGGAGUCUCCCCCCACUGAAAUGGAGCUGUAAUGGAUACUUUGUGCUUGGGUCUCCAUUGAUUUUUUUUUUUUUUUUUGAGACACACUAAGAUGGAGAUACCAUUGGCGCUUGACUCCUUCAUCCUCCCACAAUUUCCAUCCUAGACGGGCACCUCAGCACGCCGAAUCUGUCCGACAUCGCCCACCACGAUGGAGCAGCAGUGAGACAACAAGCCACAUGCAGAGACCAUCUCACGUCAUGUCAACAUAAAUGAAAAAAAAGCAAAAAAACAUUUACAUAAUGACUAAAAAACUGAAUAAAAUGCUCAUCACUUUUUGUCAGGUGUACAGUUUGUUUUAUCAUCAUUUUAUUUGUUAUACGUUUUUGUGAUGAAGGGUUUAAAAGGGGUCAUAAGAUGUGUAUAUGUGUAGAUAUAUGUUUUUAUGGGCGGUGUAUGCCACAAGCAUAGAGAUGGACCUAACGUUUGUAUCGGUGGUUGCACAGCAUUAACGGCAAUUGUUGUAUAUGUAUGAACUCUUCCACUGGUGUCUGCUCAUAGAAAGCUAAGAGAUUAUGAAUGACAUGAAUGUGAGGGGAGUGGGGAGAUAACUAAAUGGACCUGUUGAUGUAGAGGGGGAUGUAGAUUUUGCUACCUUGUUUUGGAUGGAAGCAUGUUUUAAAAGGGCUUCCUUAGAGACUGCUCUCAGACACACUUCCAUGGAGAGUAGAUCCAGUAUACGUAAGCCUAUUUACGUGCACUUACUGUACGAUGUUACAGAUUGCAAAGAAACGACAGAACCUGAUGAAAUGUUACUCUUCAGAUAUCUUUUUCAAAAUAAACAUAGAUUAUAGACCAUUGCAAAAGUAUUCAUACCACUUGCAUACCACUUAAAACUUUUUUCAUGCCAAACACAGUCGAAUGUAUUGUAUUGGGAUGUUAUUUGACUGACUAAUGCAAAGUUGUGCUUAACUAUGGAGGGCAGGAAAACGAUAAAGGAAUUUUAUGUUUUUUAAAUGAAAAAUGAAAAGUUUGGUAUGGAUUUGUAUUCAGCCUCACUGGGUCAAUAGUUUAUAGAACCACCUUUUGCUGUAAUUACAGCUACAACUCGUCUUCAGUAUGUCUCUUCCAGUUUUAGACAUGUAUAGACUGAAGUAAUUUUCCAUUCUGCCUUGCAAAAUAGCCCAGUCGGAGUCAGAUUGGAAAUGGUGUGUUUAAAUGGAUUUGCAGAGUUCCGAUUUCAACCAAACAUUUAGGCCUAAAAGCUCAAUUUGGGUCUCAUUUGACGUGAACAUCUUGUGUCGCAUUACAUGGCUUUUGGCAAACUGCAAACUUUACUUCUUGCAGUUUUCUUAUUGCCACUAAAUGCCCGAUCUGUGUAGUGAAUGACUUGUAGCUAUCCUGUACAUAGAUUCUCCCACGAGUUCUGGAUCUCUGCGCCUCCUCCAGAGUUAUUAUGGAACUAAUUCUGCUGUACACAUCUCAACAACUUUAUUCCUAACAUGUUCCUUGGUCUUCAUGAAAAUCUUUGUUCACCAGUCUUCUCUAACAAACCUCUGAGGCCUUCAUAGAAAACCUUGAUUUAUGCUGAGAAUAAAUUACACACAAGUUGCCUCUGCUUACUAGUUACAUGACAUCUGAAGACCGCAUGCAAUUAUUUACAGCUGUCAGAGUAUAAAGCAGGCCUUAUACAAUUGCAUGCCACACUUUUCAGAUUCUGUUUGUGAAAAGAAAAAAUUGUGAAUUAUUUUCCUUACACUUUGGUCCCACUAAAAUUCAUUAUAGUUUGUGGCUGUGACAUGACAAAAUAUAAAAACAUUCAAUGGAUAUGAAUCCUUUUGCAAGGCAUGCAAAGUAUAUUUGUUGUACAACAAGUAAGGAUUAUAACUCAGCUUAAGAUGAAGCCUUCCAAUGUUUUAGGUGUGUUUAGACAGUUAAGGUGUUUGUGUGGAGCAAAGGCAAUGCCAGCCAGUGACACUGUUGAGAAAAUCUAACUUGAUUUUACGGGUUUGUGCCAUGUACAGAAAUAUGAAAAGUUAAUCUUGACGACAUACCUUAAUUCUAGCUGUGCACUUUCAUUUCCUCUGUCCUUAUGCCUGGAUAGUUACACAGUACUGUCACAGUAAUUACAGAGUUGUGUGUUUUCCAACAUCAUUGGUUGAUAGAAUUGUCCCUUUAUUGACAAGGUGAAGUGUUGAAUUUCAGAUUUUCCACCACAAGAGGGUAAAUCUUACAUAAGAAAAACAUUAUUUGUCUGUUUCUCACUUUCAGCUUACAGAGCUGUUGUUAUCAUCUUUAUUUUCAGUCACUACCAAUGCUUUCAAAUUUACAAUACAAUGUUUACAAGAAGAAGCAAAUACGUCUGUUGAUAUUUUUGCUCAUGACAUUAAUUACACAAUUAGGUGAAGGAACCCUCCUAUGUUCACUGCAUUAAUAGCACUGAACCUGAUUUUAGUGUUCUCCAAAACCCAGUUUUAUUACAUGUGAUAAUCUAUAGGACCAACAGUGACAUGAAGUACAGUAUUUGAUUGUAUUAUAGUGUAAAAUAUGUACAUUGUUAAUUUCCAAUAUUAGAAUGUUUGUAAUGACAACAAUGAUGAUGACUUUGGUGUGCUUUUAAUAUGAAAAAGAGAUUUUUGAAGUUUAUGUUCAGGGGCGGCUCAUACAGGUGAAAAGUGAAGGUGAGGCGAUUCAUUAGUUUGAACAAAGGAAUGUAGCAAGGAGAAAAGCUUCAGCUUUGAAAGAAGGGAGACAGUAACUGCAGUUUUUAUGACAUGGUUAGGAUGAGUAGAAUGGACUUACAAGCUUGUUUUAUUAGCAUAUCCACCUAAAACUAUAAUCAAUUCCUAUUUUUCAAUUGAUUGCAGCAUAAAACACCACUUUUAAAAAUGUUUGGUCAUAACAAUUAUGGUUGAUCAGAAAAAGACAUUUUCAAACCAAUUUCUUUGGUGAAGCUAUCAGCGUAGUAGUACUUGGAUACAACAGAUAAGACAAAUGAAAAUGUAAAACAUAGAAAAGUCUUACAAAUGGAAUGGAAAUAUUUAAAGAGUUGCAAAUGCUAUGUUAGCUUUGAAAGAAAAACACAGAAGAGCGUGUAAGGACUGGAGUACAUUUUUUUAUUUUUGUUGGUUUUUUGUUGUAAAGCCUUCUUAGCAUUUCUGCUAGCUAAAUAACAGAGUGCUACAUCAAGGAUUAAAAGUACAAUAAUAGCCAAAAUAUUAUAGUUGCUGUAAUUGAAAUUGAUUAGACUGAAAUCAGAACAAUUAACAACAUUUCUAUCCAGAUUUCUAAGCUAACGUUACACUUAAAUGUUUGCACUAAGGUAUGCACCAAAUAUGACCUUUCACUGCAACUUGGUAAUUUGGAAUUGAAGCCUAAUUCUGUGUUCCCCACAACCAAAUCCAUGACUUUCACCACUUUUUUAACCCUGUUGGCUGUGUGCUUAUAAUUUACCAUGUAACAUGAUAGGGGAUUCAAGGGCAUCAAAGUGACCAUUUUUUCUGCUUGCUUGUUUAAAAGCUAGUGUCAUAAAAUGUUCCACUGUAAAAAAAAAAAAAAAAAGAAAAUAAUUAUCCAGUUAUUUUUUCAUCCUGUAAAACCACCUUUCCCUUUCCUAAUUUGAAUCAAAGUCCUACAAAAUGGGACUAAGUGAAACUGUUCAUUCUACUCUUUCUAACUCUAUAAUUACAUUCCAGCGGCCUACGUUGGACCGCUGGCCUUUUAGAUGCCUUAUUUACUGAGUUAUAUACUUUCUGUGGUCCUAUAGAAGUGAUAUUAAGAGUAAAGUGUAUAUACAGGUUAUAUUUAUUUGCAUUACUAAGGUGACCUCACAUCAGCACCCUUGUUGUGUAACAUCUCAGAGACCUCCACAGAACCACCCCCUGGGCUCCUUUAAGAAGAGGACAGCAGUUGUUUUCUUAAAAUAAUAUUAAAAAAGCUUGAAGCUCCUGACCUGAAAAGCUCAAGUGAGGAAUACAAAGUGUUAUUCCAAAUGAUUGGCUGACAUUAAAAAAAUAUAUUCAUUGCAUAAUUGUUUUAAAGUGCAAAACACCACAGUAAAUGCGUCCUUAAUUAAUUCCUCAAAAAUUAAAGGAAAUUAUAACUGCUUUUUGUAUUUCUAUUUAGCACUUCUAAUCCAUACCUUCUCCCCUUAAGCCCCACAUUACUGUCACUCCACACCUUGCCAAGCUUAGCUAUGUUGGCUGGUUCUCUUGAUCAGAAAUGCUGCGUUUGUUUCUGUUUUCUCACUAGACAUGUACUGUAAAGGUUCAUUAGAUUCUCAGUUGAUGCUUUAAGUUAACUAUCCUUACCCCUCUCCCUUAGCCAUCUCUCUUUUGUUGCCCACCAAUAAAGGUCAUUUGUUUCCAUGUCAAUUUCCUCUGCAUUGCUUGUUGUAAAGGGUGUAGGCAUUCUUAUGUCCUUCAUGUUGCUGUAAUAAAUAUGCUAAUAUUUCUAAUUUCUCA